AUGUUUGACAUAGCUCAUGCACUAACAAUUACACCACAGGCUGUAUUUGUUGCUACUUGUGAUGUGAUAAAAGAAUUUCAUGAAGAUAAUGUGAUUUAUUUAGAAUUAAGGAGCACACCUCGUGCUGUAAAGGAUGUAAUGACAAAAACAGAGUAUCUUCAAGCCAUAAUAAAAGCUAUCGAAGCGUCGAAAUUUGAAUUUCCACAAAUUCUUGUAAAACUACUAGUAUCAAUUAAUCGAAAACAAGGUUUCGAAUCUGCAGAAGAAAAUAUAAAUCUUGCUAUACAGUUUACGGAAAAACAUCCAGAACAUGUUGUAGGUAUUGAUCUUAGUGGUGAUCCAACAGUGGGAGAUUCAUUUUUAGAAUUAUUAAAAAUGUCUAGGAAAAUAGGUCUUAGAAUUACAGCUCAUUGUGCAGAGGUACCAAAUAAAAUGGAAACAAAUGAUAUAUUAAAAUUUAAACCUGAUCGUUUGGGACAUUGUACUUGCAUUCAUCCUAGUUUGCAAGGUUCUCAGCAAUUGUUUGAUACAUUAUUGGAGUCAAAAAUUCCCGUUGAAUUAUGCUUAACAUCAAACAUUAAAUGUAAAACAGUGUCAUCUUAUAUGUAUCAUCAAUUUAAAUAUUUGUACAAAGCUGGACAUCCAAUAGCUAUUGGAACUGAUGAUAAAGGUGUUUUUAAUACGUGCUUGUCAAAAGAAUUGGAAAUAUUAAGUUCUGUUUUUAAUAUUGGAAAACAACAGCUCAAAGAAUUGUCUGCAUUAUCUGUACAAUAUAGUUUUGCAAGUAUAGAGGAAAAGAAAAAUUUAACAGCAAUUAUUGAAAAUUUUGAUUGA